UGACAUAAGCCAAUAACAAAAAGUGGUAUUGUUGAUUUAGUUGUUCUAUAUUUAUUUUUGUUAAACAAUUAUUAAAUUCGCUAAACGAACCCAUGGUUAUUAGCCACGUUACAACGUUUAUGUCUUCUUUAUUGCGACCAAGUAAGUUUAGUCAUAACCUACAAACUUACACAUCGAAAAGUUCAUUCGUUUUGUUCGCAUAUUUUUCCGAAUUCUUUAUUUGUCUGACAACAUUCCGAAGAGAAAUGGCUUCUGCCCCAGGAGUAAUUGAAAGUAUCAUAAGAAACAAACUACAAACCGGACUAGAAGCUAAACAUUUGGAUGUGAUCAAUGAAUCCUACAUGCAUAAUGUGCCAAAAGGAGCUGAGACACAUUUCAAAGUAGUUGUAGUGUCAGAUAAGUUUGAUGGAUUAACUCUGAUCAAAAGGCAUCGCUUAGUAAAUGAUAUCCUAAAAGAGGAAUUAAAGAGUGGUGUCCAUGCACUGUCAAUUGAAGCUAAAACUCCAGCCCAAUGGGAGGCAAGUGAUAAGGUUGUGGAGAGCAGCCCUAACUGCAGAGGUGGCUUUGGAAAAUAAAUAUUAUAAAUAUUAGUUUAGAUUACUUUGUUAAUUAAUUAAAGCUAUUGGUUUAUAAUAGUUUAUUUACUCUCUAGCAUAUUAUUAGUUUGAUAUAAAAGAAUUAAUAUGAUAAUAUAGAAACUGUUCCAAAAUUUGAGGUGGUAAAUCAUAAAUUGGCCAUUUUUAUUUUAGAUCUUGAA